AUGGAAGCAAAACCACAUGCACGCACCUUAGAGAUCAACGUUAUAUCGGGAGAAAACAUAUGUGUCGAUCAAAGUUCAGUGGUGGAAAACGUGUAUGUUGUUGUUCGUGCCGAGUCUCUUAGUUGUUGCUCCACAAAAAUGGUGAACAAAGAUAAGGGUUUGCUUACGUGGGACGAGAAAUUCUCGUUAUAUAUUCCUUCCCAUGCAAGGUCAGUGACGUUUGAGGUGCAAUGCAAGAAGUACAGAGGGGUUCGUCCUAUUGGGGUAGCAAGGAUAGCACUUUCGGAUUUUCUUGGUGACAAUGUUGUGUCUAAAAGUUGUGUUCAAAUGUUUAGUUAUGGGUUGAGGGAUUGGGAUGGUCAACGAAAUGGGGUUAUUCAUUUCUCCGUGAGGUGGGUGAUGCAAGAGGAUUACGCAAGCUUAGAAAUGAAACCAAAGGAGGAAAUAACCAAUGUGAAUUCUAGUGGGUUUGAGCCUGAGGUUAAGGGGUUUCAGGUGAACCCUAAGACUUCAAGUAACGUUGUCAUUGGCAUGCCAGUUUGGUACGUACGUUGA